CCUUGCAGACUUUAGUAGUCUGUGACUGUGGCCCUUCUCCUUUCUCAGUCAACUCUAAACAUGUGCUUUUGUGCAGUUCGCUCUGUUAAGUUGUGUGCACAGUUAUGUGGCCUCAAUGGAUUUUUUUCUCCCAGCAGUUAAAGAGGGUAAACUCCUUCGAACGCACAACAUACUUUCUGAACUGUGUGCAGCACAAUAGCUGAAGAUCUAUUUUAUGUAUAUUUUGGUUUCUGGACCUUUUUCUUUCUUUUAUCAUUUUGUUCUGGUGGUUCAAUUUUGGGAAAUCUACACUCUGCACUAAAUUUAAAUGGGUGACUGUAUUACAAUUAAGAAAAUGCACCUACAAAAACCAAUAUUUAGAUUACGGUGUUUGGUGAAACAGCUUGAGAAGGGAGAUAUUAAUGUAUCAGACCUGAAAAAUAACAUUGAAUAUGCAGCAUCUGUAUUGGAAGCAGUUUACAUUGAUGAAACCAGGCGCCUAUUGGAUACAGAGGAUGAGCUCUCUGACAUCCACACAGACUCGGUUCCGUUGGAGGUGAGAGACUGGUUGGCAUCUACCUUCACAAGGAAAAUGGGAAUGAGGAGAAGGAGGCCUGAAGAAAAACCAAAGUUUCGGAGUAUCGUCCAUGCAGUUCAAGCUGGAAUAUUUGUUGAAAGGAUGUACAGAAGAUCGUCCAAUAUGGCUGGUCUUACAUAUCCCUCAACAGUGAUAGCAUGUUUAAAGGAUAUUGAUCGAUGGUCAUUUGACGUGUUUUCUUUAAAUGAAGCUAGUGGGGAACAUGCACUUAAGUUUAUGGUCUAUGAACUGUUUACACGAUACGACCUUAUCAAUCGCUUUAAGAUUCCUGUUUCUGGCCUUGUAUCAUUUGUGGAAGCUUUAGAAGUUGGUUACAGUAAAUUCAAAAAUCCAUACCACAAUUUAAUUCAUGCAGCUGAUGUUACCCAAACUGUGCACUACAUAUUGCUCAAUACGGGUAUCAUGCACUGGCUCACAGAACUGGAAAUUUUGGCAAUGAUAUUAGCUGCUGCUAUCCAUGACUAUGAGCACACUGGGACCACAAACAACUUCCAUAUACAGACGAGGUCAGAUGCUGCAAUAUUGUAUAAUGAUCGCUCCGUACUAGAAAAUCAUCAUGUCAGUGCUGCCUAUCGUAUAAUGCAAGAGGACGACAUGAACAUUUUGGUAAAUGUAUCCAAAGAUGACUGGAGAGACUUGAGAACACUGGUGAUUGAGAUGGUUUUAUCUACAGAUAUGUCUGGUCACUUUCAGCAGAUUAAAACUAUGAGGAGUACACUACAACAACCAGAAGGAAUAGACAAAUCGAAAGCAAUGUCCUUGAUUCUUCACGCUGCAGACAUCAGUCAUCCGGCAAAAAUGUGGGAUAUGCAUCAGAGGUGGACAGACUUACUGAUGGAGGAAUUCUUCCGACAGGGCGACAAAGAGGCUGAAUUAGGGCUUCCCUUCUCACCACUCUGUGACAGAAAAUCAACACUGGUAGCACAGUCACAAAUAGGAUUCAUAGACUUCAUAGUGGAGCCGACAUUCACCCUUCUAACUGACUCAACAGAGAGAAUUGUUAUUCCUCUUAUAGAGGAAGCUGCAAAAUCGGAUCAUUCUGUCUUUGAUAAACCCAGUCUGAAUAAUUCUGAAGCUGGCCGUGUUACAGACACACAAAAGAAACCCAGCAUGCGAACCUCACAGACUGAUGGAGGAUCUGUAAUGGAAUACUCUUUGGCAACUGUGGACUUACAACAUUUCAAAAAGAAUUUGGUUGAAAUAAUUCAGCAAAACAAAGAAAGAUGGAAAGAACUGGCGGUACAAGAAAGAAAUUCAAAAUCCAUUAACAACAAUGAAGAAAGUGUAAGGGAAAUCUAAUUUGUUAUAAUCUAUUUAAUGAAAAAAAUAACAUUGGAUUGGAAAUGGAGGAAAAGCCUCAUCUGGGAUAUAAUUUAAACAUAUGAUAGAAAUGGACAACAUUCACUUUAUAUACUAUAUAUCUUUUUAGUGGCAUAUGAUAACUAUGACACUGGAGAAGAUCAUCAUUUAUCCUCAGAAUUUAGAUGCUAGUAAAGUGAUACAGUUUCAGGAUAGGUACUUGCGGUGGACUGAAGGGAUAUUUACUAUUUAUCAAUAAGUCACAUAUACACAACCAGAGCAUGUAAAUAUCAAAAGCAUGUAAAUAGUUUGUUGACCUAUGCACACGUAUACUUUGGUACUCUGAAGAGACAAUGUCUAUGACACUAGAAGAAUCAGUUUGUUUUUCUUUGUGGUUCCUUUGUGGACUUCUUCUUUUCACUUUUUC